UUUGAAGUUCUGUAUCAAUCUAAUAUGAACGUCGUCGCAGAGAGAUGGAGUCUAUUAGAGUAAUUGAGACGAGAAUACGAAACUGGUAAAAGAACACUACCAAACAAUCAAAGUCAUCAAGGCAUGAUCCGAUUAUCCUCUUUAUCAAAUAUGAUUUUCCCCACACGAGAAAAGUUGUAUUGUAUUGUUAGAUAUACAACACUGUCAACAUGACCAUAGCAAUCCCAUGAAGCAAACAUUGGUGAGUUGCCUAUUUAAGGCUGUGCUUGCACAUCAACUUUAUCCCAAGCACAUCUAUCACAGAACAGAUAACUCACAAAAUCCUUUUUAUCCUCUUCACCUCUACAGGAAAUUUUGCACUUAACAAAUGGCCUCAGAGCUAUCUGCUACUGUACCUCAAUCGUCACUUACCAACAUGGAUGAAUUUGAAGGGCUAGAAGUGACGGAAUUUGACCCAAACACACUCCAGGAGCUGCUAUACGAGCCCGCAGAGGAACUAGAGAGCGGUGCAGCAUUCAUGCAACCUAAGGAGGUUGACGGGACAAAUCUCAGUCCAACAGUGGAGAAUUACUGGGUUCUUGAGGAUAUCAAAGACGAUGUCCAAGAUUUCAAUUGGCUCUACAUGGUGGAGGAAACAGCUCCACCAUGCAAUGAUUUGGGAGCUUGGUAUGAAGACCAAUGCAUUGAAGAAUUAAGUGAAACUUUUGUAAUGGGAGAUUAUUCACUUUCCCACAAUGCAAUUCUGUGUGAUGAAAUUGGGUACAUAGGGUUGUGGCAAGAGAAUUAGCACUGGGAAUCCAUGUUUCAUGAAUCAAACCAGUAAGCAAAUUACCAAGGAUUCUUCAAAAGGCACCUUAUUCGAGUCUAGCAAAGAUCAAAAUAAAGAGAGAAUUUAUGUCACUAGAUA